CCCAUCGGCGCUCCGCCCCGGGCGCCCGAGGCCACGGGGUCAUGCGGGGGGCCCAGGCGAGCUGAGCCGAGCCUGCUCUUCAGGUCAGGGUGAGCCCCCGCGUCCGUCCUAACGCCGGUCUGGCCACUAGGGGUGUUCCCGCAGGACACAGGCUCUGAGAGAGGAGGGCUGAUCGGCUCAGCACACCCACCCUCCGCAGGUGCCUAGAGGGGGCGGCACCCGCCAUGCGCUGCCGCAGACUGGCCCUGGGCCUGGGCCUGGGCCUCUGCCUGCUGGUGGGCACGGCCCUCUGCGCUCUGUGGGUAUAUGCCGACGACUGGCUGCCGUUCUCCUAUGUCCCCUAUUACCUCCCCUGCCCAGAGAUCUUCAACAUGAAGCUGCAGUUCCGGGGGGAGAAGCCGUUCCAGCCCGUGGCACGGUCGCAGUACCCUCAGCCGAAGCUGCUGGAGCAGAGGCCCACAGAGCUGCUGACGCUCACGCCCUGGCUGGCGCCCAUCGUGUCCGAGGGGACCUUCGACCCGGAGCUCCUGCAGCUCAUCUACCAGCCGCUGAACCUGACCAUCGGGCUCACGGUGUUCGCCGUCGGGAAGUACACGGGCUUCGUCCAGCGCUUCCUGGAGUCGGCCGAGCAGUUCUUCAUGCAGGGCCACCGGGUGCGUUACUACGUGUUCACCGAUAAGCCCGCGGCCGUGCCCCGGGUCCCGCUGGGCCCCGGCCGCCUCCUCAGCGUCCUGCCCGUCCAGAAGCACUCCCGCUGGGAGGAGAUCUCCACGCGCCGCAUGGAGACCAUCAGCCAGCACAUCGCCCAGCGGGCGCACCGGGAGGUGGACUACCUCUUCUGCGUGGACGUGGACAUGGUGUUCCGGAACCCCUGGGGCCCGGAGACCUUGGGAGACCUGGUGGCCGCCAUCCACCCCGGCUACUACGCCGCGUCCCGCCAGCACUUCCCCUACGAGCGCAGGCAUGUUUCCACCGCCUUUGUGGCCGACGGCGAGGGGGACUUCUAUUAUGGCGGGGCGGUCUUUGGGGGACGGGUGGACAGGGUGUACGAGUUCACGAGGGGCUGCCACAUGGCCAUCUUGGCGGACAAGGCCAACGGCAUCAUGGCGGCCUGGCAGGAGGAGAGCCACCUGAACCGCCGCUUCAUCUCGCACAAGCCCACCAAGGUGCUGUCCCCCGAGUACCUCUGGGACGACAGGAAGCCCCAGCCUCCCAGCCUGAAGCUGAUCCGCUUCUCGACGCUGGACAAGAACACCCGCUGGCUGCGGAGCUGAUGGUAGAGUCGGGGCUGCCGUGGACGGGGACUCAGUGGAGCACCCAGCAGCCCCAGGGAGCACCUAGCUCACCCCAGAGGAGCACCCAGCUCACCCCAGGGAGCACCCAGCAGCCCCAGGGAGCACCUAGCUUACUCCAGAGGAGCACCCAGCAGCCCCAGGGAGCACCCAGCUUACUCCAGAGGAGCACCCAGCAGCCCCAGGGAGCAUCUAGCUCACCCCAGAGGAGCACCCAGCUCACCCCAGGGGAGCACCCAGCAGCCCCAGGGAGCACCCAGCAGCCCCAGGGAGCACCCAGCUCACCCCAGGGAAGCAUCUAGCUCACCCCAGAGGAGCACCCCGCAGCCCCAGGGAGCACCCAGCUCACCCCAGGGGAGCACCCAGCAGCCCCAGGGAGCACCCAACUCGCCUCAGGGGUGCACCCAACUUGCCCCAGAGGAGCACCCAGCUCGCCCGUCAGUGCCUCACUUCCCACGCCUUAGCUGAGACCUGCCCUGCCCGGCCUGCCUCCCUGUCAGGAAAAUCCAACGGGAAAGACGGGAAGGGCCUUUAUACACCAUAAAGGGCUGUGCCCACAUGAGAACCCAAACCUCGAAUGUCGCCUAAGAGGGGGACAGGGAGGGGAGACUAGUGGUGAAGAGGGCAGGCCCAGAGGCUCCCACAGACGUGCCUUCGGCGGCUCUGCGGCCUGCCCUGCUCAGCGCCUGCGUUCCCACCCCUGCCCCCUUUUGCUGCCUGUUGCCCUUCGAGCUCACUUCUCACUGCUGGUUGUGAAGGGCACCCAGGUCCCCUUUUCCCCGGCCGCAGGGCUCCCGGCACUGCGAUGUCCCCCAGCCAGUCCUCACUCAGGACCCCGUCUGGUUUCCAGUCCAGCUGCAUAAAGGUGGAGCCUGCUGGGCCCUAACCAGGGCUUCCCACUUGUGCAUCUGAGAGCACCUUUGUCGCGGAGAGGAGAGGUGGAGAGCAGGAAGGGGUGCGCUCUAGCCACAUCCGGAUGGGCACCCACCCUGGAGAAGCUGGGUGCCAGCCCAGAGCCCACUCCUCCUGCAGCACGCGGUCUGGCUGGUGAUCACCAGGGUCGGGCAGACCGAGGGACCAGUAUGAGGAGAAAGCUUGGGCUGGCGAGGCCCUGGGGUGCUUCCGAGGCAAAGGGACAGGGUGGGCCCGUGGCCCGUGUGUCCCCCGGGAGGCAGGUCUGAAGCAGGGCUGUGGAAGGAGCAGGCCCUGCCCACUGCGGGCCCGAACCCCGGCCAGUCUGACCCCAGCGGCUGUGCUUGCCCCGGAGCCCGUGCACAGCCUUGAUUUUGUAAUCUGUCCCUCGCUUACAGUGCGUCUGCCACUUGAAAACUUCAGAACCACCGGCCAGUGUGGCUCAGUGGUUGAGCAUUGACCUAUGAACCAGGCAGUCACGGUUUGAUUCCUGGUCAGGGCUCAUGCCGGGCUGUGGGCUCGAUCCCCAGUAGGGGCGUGCAGGAGGCAGCCGAUCAGUGAUUCUAGCUCAUCAUUGAUAUUUCUCUCUCUCUCCCUUUGUCUCUGAAAUCAAUAAAAAUAUAUAUUAAAAUUUUUAAAAAUAAACUUCAGAAACCCCAAACUGA